ACUUCAAGAAAGAUGGUUGAGAAAGGCAUGAAGAGGAAACCUUUGGUUGACUAUGAAGUCGGCGAGAUUGUGCUAGUUCGCCACAAGGGUCUGGGAAAGGGCGUGAAAAGAGGUGGGAGAAAAAUAACUUCACCAAAAGCAAAGGAGGGAACUAUUCUCAAAAUCAACAGUAAAACCCAUACAUUUAACAUUAAAAUUGGAAAAGCUGUGUCUUGGCACAAAUUGGAGGACAUAACCUCAUUGACUCAAUCCAAGGAAGACAAGAGGUCUAAGAAAAGAGACAGGAGUCAAAGCCCUCGUCAAAGCCCUCGUCGAAGCCCUCGUCAAAGCCCUCGUCGAAGCCCUCGUCGAAGCCCUCGUCAAACCCCUCAUCAAACCCCUCGUCAAAGUGUAAAGAAGACAUUUACACCUGCCUUUACUUCAGAUGUGUGUUCAAGUGAAGCUGAAUUUAUCGAAAUUCUAGAAAAGCUGAAAAGAUUCAGCAGUUCCCGAGCUACACCAAAUAGUUUGGAAAAACUGGAAGAGAUGGCUGGCAAGAGAGGUUAUGCUGUUAGACAUAACUUAGGAGGUGGUGACUGCAUGUUUCUUGCACUCAGCCAACAGAUUUAUCAUCAGCUGGAUUUAGAGGUCAAUGCCCUUGAAGUCAGGGACAUGGUGGUUGACCAUCUGCAGAAAAACCCCCGAACGAUUGAUGGUACACAUCUGAGGAACUUUGUUCCGGAAAAAAAGGAGUGGAACACAUAUUUGGACGAGAUGCUGCAGAAAGGGACAUGGGGAGACAAUCUCAUGCUGAUGGGAGCGGCAGACGUCCUAGAAGUCACGAUUAAAGUCAUUAGCACAUGGUCAGAUGAGCCCAUAGUCAUCAAACCCAGGGAAAAAAAGGCCAGCCUCAGAACACUAUGUCUAGGUCAUCUGGCAGAGUUCCACUAUGUCAGCUUGGAAAAAAAAGACCAGAAGUGCAGAACUUGCCACCAAACGCUAAGUGUCUGCAGAUGUGCUGUAAGCAUUAAUGCUGACGCUUCUGACAAUGAUGACAGCUGUAGGUCACCCAGUCUAUCAAGUGGAGAUGAAUCAGACAAUGAUGGUUCCCCUCGAGUCACAGCUGAUUUCUUUGAAAACAAGUGAGGACAAAGAAGGACGUGGUGAGAGACACAACUGGUUUGUUACCAAGUAUCCCUACCAUGAAGUCAAGGCUGGAUUUGGGUCAGAUUUUGUGUCUGCUGAAAUGUAUGGGCACAUACUUCAGUGGCUGGGGCAAUCCUUGACACGCCGUCUAGUGAGGGAUAAACGUCGCCCUUACACUAAGUCAGUGACUCAGAUCUUUACUGUGCCGGAUGUUGAUGCAAAUCUCAGGGAACUUCCAAUGGAGUACACACAGGCUGCAUGGCACUACAUUCUGUAUGUGGCCAUUAAGGAAGUAAUCGUAUUCCUUGCCGAGAAACUGACAGGGAGAACCUACUCUUCAAUCAACCCAGAGUGUCAAAGGACAGAAUUGCAUCCAAAAGAGCUUUAAUUGCAUAAUUAUGAUGCUCUUUUGAAAGGGUUACUGUUUUAAUGAAUGCAGCCAACUCAUUGAUGCCUUGAUGUGGUUUGGUUGUUCGCUGUACCUUUCUUUCAUUCACAUAAGGACCAGUGAAGAUUCCAGGGUAGAAUAAGUCUUCAGCAACCCAUGCUUGCCGUAAAAGGCGACUAUGCUUGUCGUAAAAGGCGACUAACAGGAUCGGGUGGUCAGGCUC